ACGCUUUGGAUUUUAAACAAUUUCUUGAGAACAUUAAGAUGACCAGGAAAAGUGGAGAUUUAAUGUUGCAUAUUAAUUAACAAUAUCCUCUUGUAAAUAAUAGAAUUAACACAACCAUGUGCUCAUCGCUGCACUGUGCUGUCGUACAAGAGCUCCGUCAUCAAAAAUUUAGCCAACAAGUGACGUGACAAAUUCUGUAGACAAUGUGUGAUAUUCAAAAAAAGUUUCUCUGUCCCCGUUUGGUGGACUACCUCGCCAUUGUGGGAGCACGCCCACCAGGUCCGGGACCAGGCUCAAGAGUGGGCUCCAGUGGCAGUACUCCUGCAGUGCAGACUCCAGAACUGUUGCGCAGGUAUCCAAUGGAAGACCACAAGGAUUUCCCUUUGCCUCUUGACAUGGUUUACUUUUGUCAGCCGGAAGGCUGUGUCUCUGUGGGACCACGCCGUACUGCUCUACGAGAAGCAACCUCUUUUGUCUUCACAUUAACUGAGAAGGAUUCAGGCAAGAGUCGAUAUGGAAUCUGCGUUAAUUUCUACCGCCCAAUGGAACGUGUUGCACCACCUGCUGGACUUAGUGGGUCUCGCCGAGACCGUCGCUCAUCGGCAUUUAGAAGAGAAUCGUGGAGAAAGAGUGUUGAGAAAAGCUCAGAUUCAGCUUUUUCUAGUGAUUACCGGAGCAGUCAGGUGGCCCCUAGUGACUCUGACCGGGAUUGUCCCAGCAGCAGCAGACGGGAUUCUGACAGCCAGCAUCCAGCUAGCCUGCGACUGGGGGUGGCCGGAGCUGGUGUACCUGGUGGGGGCAAUGAUUCGGAGAGUGGUGGUUCUCAUUCCCCUUCACCUCGUGCCAGCCGUCGUGCGAGACAGAGGGUCCGGAAUCAUUCUCUGACUUCUUUGUGCCUCUUAUCUCAUCACCCAUUUUUCUCAAUAUUUCGCGAAUGUUUAUUCAUUCUCAAGAAACUCAUAGAUGCUUGCAAUGAGAAUACAUCACCAAGACGUGUUGGGGCUUCCAGGAGGCCACUACGGGGGGAUUCGGUGUGGAGUGUGCUGACUGGUAGGGCCUAUGAUGGUACUCCAUCUAUUGUUUUACAUGAUGUACGUGAAAUUGAAACAUGGAUCCUGCGGUUACUGAGUGCACCAGUUCCAGUACCUGGGAAGACAAGAGUGGAGGUGGAAGUCUUGUCACCAAGCGUUCGUCCACCACUCGUAUUUGCUCUUCCUGAUCACACACGCUUUUCCUUGGUGGACUUUCCAUUGCAUUUGCCAUUAGAAUUAUUGGGUGUUGAUAUAUGUGUGAAAGUCCUUACACUCAUACUUCUUGAGAAUAAGCUGGUGCUACAAUCACGAGAUUACAAUGCCUUGUCCAUGUCUGUGAUGGCAUUUGUAACAAUGAUUUACCCAUUAGAGUAUAUGUUCCCUGUGAUACCUCUCUUACCAACAUGUAUGAGCUGUGCUGAACAACUAUUACUUGCACCGACUCCUUUCGUCAUUGGUAUACCAGCCAGUUUUCUAAUGUACAAAAAGAAUUUUAGGCUUCCUGAUGACAUCUGGCUGGUCGACUUGGACUCAAAUAAGAUAACACCGCCAUCUGGAGCAACAGAUGAACUACCACCAUUACCAGAACCUGAGGGGACAAUUUUGAAAAACCAUCUUAAACAGGCACUGUCAAGUAUGUCACUGGCAGCACCAACAGUAGUGGUUCCGAGAGAAGAAUCCAUAACCACAGAAGCACAUCAGCAACAUCCCUCUCAGGGCCAGUGGCAGGGUAGCUCUGCUGCACCAUCCCAGCAAUAUUAUCAGCCUCACCAAGUUCAACAACAUCAUCAACAACUGCAGCAGCAACGGCAACUGCAACAGCAACAGCAGCAGCAGCAGCAGCUGCAGCAACAACAACAGCAACAACAACAACAACAAAUGAGCUCCAUCCCUAGGCCAGGAAUGGGAGCUCCUAGUGGCAGAAGAGAAUCACAUGUUCCAGAACCUUUACAUGCUACAACAGGAUUCAACCCAUUCAUAUAUGGAAAUGAUGUUGACUCUGUUGAUGUUGCGACAAGAGUAGCAAUGGUGAGAUUUUUCAACUCCCAGAAUCUUCUAGCAAAUUUUGCUGAACACACGAGAACCCUGAGACUCUAUCCAAGACCUGUUGUGGCAUUCCAGAUUAAUAGUUUCUUGAGAUCCAGGCCUCGAACAACACAUUUUCUUAACCGCUUUGCUCGUACUCAGGCUGUGGAAUUUCUGGCAGAAUGGUCUCUAACUCCUAGCAAUGUCGCGUUCUUGCGUGUACACACUGGGGUGUUUGAUCCUACUCUUAUUGGAGAUAAAUCUAAGUGGUAUGCACAUACUCUGGAACCCAUUUACUUCAGUGUGUGGGAUGAGAGCAGUUCACUGAGUGGGGCAUUGCGAUCAUUACGUCAGCAGGAGCAACCAACAGAUGAAAGUGGUUCUGAUUCAGAAGGAGCUGAGAGCACAAGCUCAUCAUACUCUUCUCUCAGUGACUUUGUAUCAGAAAUGGUAUCAUCUGACUUAUCACCAAGUUUCCCACCAACAUCAGUUGAUCGUACAGAGCCACCUCCAGCUGCACUGACCAUUCAGCCAUUAGCUCUGUGUAGUGGCCUUGACCACCGCACUGUAUAUAAUCCACCAAGCAGUCUGCAGUUUCCUGGUUCCAUGAUGCCUGCUGUCAGUGCUCCAGCAACAUCACCUCCAGGCUCAACCUCUUCUAGCAGGAGUGAUCUCAGCUCCCCUUCCCUGAAUCGUGAUUCUGAACUUGAUUUUGCUGCAGCUCUAGGGGGAGACCAACAAAACUCAUCUCACCUUCCAGUAUUAACUGAAUCAAAAGAGAAGGAAGAUAUAGCAAGCCCAGGUGGAGAAUCAGAUUCCAACUCAACGAUGACAACAGCUACCCCUAAGACUGUACUAAGUCAACAGUCAUCUAUACUGCACCGAUCUCCUACUCCCAGCCUUGGUAGUGAGGGCUCUGGUUCACUCUCACUAGGAGGUUCAUCAGAUAGAGAGAGAGAUAGGCCUGGCACUCCAAGAGCACCUCAUCGUCCACCACGGCCUGCCACACCAGUUCCUCCUUCAAGCCCAGGCCCACAGCGCCAAACAAGCUUGGGAAAUGUCCUGGCACGUACUGCUAGUUUUGGUUCGGGAAGCAGCAGGGACAGUGGCAGUGGGAGUAGUGGCGUUCCACGACAGGGUAGCCAAACAUCAUUGCUGGAACAAUUUGCUGUUUCUGCAAAGGAAUUGGUGCGAGAAACUACGCGGCAGAGUAGUCAGGAUGGACUCCUUGCACAUAUGGACAAGUUGAAACUACAAGCCAAAGAAAAAAUCAAUGAGGCAACUCAUGAAGAGGGAAGCUUAUUUGCACCUCUUGAACAGCUUACUAUCCAGGCCAAAAAAGCAGCUGAAGAGGCUUCAAAAUCCGUCCAAGAAGCAUCUAAGACAGCUCUGGAAGCCAGUAAGACUGCAGCUGGUGUCAGCAAGAAUACAUUUGAGGAUUUGACAUAUGUUGGAAAGAGUACCCUGGGUGAUCUAACAAAAAGUGCCAAACAGGCUGCAGCAAAGAAAGGAUUUAUUAAGCCCAACCAACAACAGCAGCACCAACAGCAACAGCAGCAGCAGGGAAAUAUCCAGACAGCUACUGGACAGCCGGGAGGUGGUCCAAACAACUUAUUGGUGCAGCCUGAUCUAGGCCGCACUGCAGGCAGAGACUUCUUCUCCAAUGUCAGUUCAGAGCUGAAUGGCAUUGCAGCCCAGACCUCCAGCAUGUUCAGUGGAUUCUUUGGAUCAAAAAGCUCUUCUAGUCCUAGAAGCAGUAGCCCUGGAACGGCAGCUGCCACUGUCACCAAGCCCAAAGAAAAGGCACAGCCAUUUGGUCCUUUUCCUAAAGGUCGUAAGGGAUUGGUAGAAAAAUCAUCUCUGAUACGACAUACAACUACAAAAAGCAGGCAAGAGGAAUUGCAAAGAAUACAGAGUGCUGAACGUUCCACCACAAAUUCUGAGAAUCAAGCUUUCCUGAAGGAUGUUGUGAAUCAAGUUUUAGAUGGGGAAGGUGUUGGAUGGUUAAAAUUAAAUCGCCUGAAAAAGCUUAUGGAGGAUGAGAGCUACAGAAACUUUGUAGUGAGCAAGUUGAAUCGUACUCUGGAGAGAAAAAUCAGUCCUGAUGAUCACAUUGAUGAUGUUUGUGUCAGUCGAGCUGUCUGGAAAGGCAUGUUGAAAACACUACAAGCUGUGAUAUACGGCUUGGAGCAAACAUAUUCAAACUAUGGUUUGGGUGGCAUGGCUUCAGCAUUUCAAGUGCUGGAGAUUGCACAUACACACUACUGGACAAAAGAUUUAUCGGAAGCUCCAGGCAUGGAUCUUGCUGCUAGCAGUACUGCUGCGAUGUCACAGGCAUCAAGUCCAUUUGGAAGUCAUGAAAAUCUGAAGUCUCCGCAGAGCCCGCAUGGUUUCCAGCUUCCCCCUCACUCCGAUUUUUAUCCUCCAGACAGUUCUCGGAAAUCAUCUCAGGCUGGUAUUUAUGAUUCACCUCCAUCAGUGCGGUUGAUUCAGGAUCCUCAACAAGGAACAGAAGAAAGUGGUGAUGGGCAGUCUACCACUGAUAUGCUCCGUGAUUUGCUCAAUCAGAAACGGCAUUUGCUUUUAUCUAAACUAACCUCCAUGGACUCUGAGGGUGGGACUGAGAACACUUUACAUGGCUCAACUGAGGGUGUGGCUUCUUGCAAUGCAUCCGAUGCUGGCAGUAUCAUCACAAACCCGGCAUUCACAAGACAAAGGGCCGGUCACCAAGCUUCGUUCCGUAGUACUGUUUCUGAUAGUGAGAUAGAACAGGGCAAUUUUCCACGCCAAGCAAAGCAACGAACACCUAGUGUCUGGUCGAGCAAAUCAUCUCUUAGCACCGGAUUUCGAUAUCAUGGUGGAAAUAUGAUCAACACUUCAACAACACCAAGUCCUGAUACAGGAAGAACAUAUCUCUUUGAAGGACUUAUUGGCAAGGAACGCUCCAGCCUGUGGGACCAGAUGCAGUUUUGGGAGGAUGCCUUCCUUGAUGCAGUUUCACAAGAAAGAGAUAUGGUUGGAAUGGAUCAAGGACCAGGAGAGAUGAUGGAAAGGUAUAAUUCUCUCAGUGACACAGAAAGGAAAAGGUUGGAACAUGAUGAAGAUCGACUUCUUUCCACAAUGUUGUAUAACCUGGUAGCAAUCAUGGUCAUGAUGAAUGUCAAUAAAUUAGAUAUAAAGCGUAAAGUGCGCAGACUGCUUGGAAAGAGCCAUAUUGGGUUAGUCUACAGUCAAGAAGUUAACCAGUUACUGGACCAAAUAAACAACCUGCAUGGCAAUGACAUUGAUCUGAAGCCACUAGGCUCAAGGCAGAUGCAUCGACAAAGCUUUACAGUUCAUGCAGGUGUAGAUCCUUCUGGUGAUUUACUGUUCCUUGAAGUUCGUGAAGAUGGACUUGUCUUGCGUUCUGUGAAUGGUACAAUUGUUGAGCGGUGGUGGUUUGAACGGCUUGUUAACAUGACGUACAGCCCAAAAAAUAAGGUGCUGUGCCUUUGGAGACGAAAUGGUGGUCAGACACAGUUGCAUAAAUAUUAUACGAAAAAGUGUAAAGAUCUCUACUAUUGCAUAAAAGAAGCAAUGGAGCGGGCAGCAGCAAGAGGUAGUGGUGCUUUGGCCGGAGUAGAACUUGGAGGGGAGUUCCCAGUGCAAGAUAUGCGAACUGGUGAAGGUGGCUUACUGCAAGUGUGUCUUGAGGGAGUUGGUCUGCUUUUUGCCAACAGCAAGGAUUUCGAGUUCUUUGUACGGUUGGAUCACAUUCGCAAAUGCUUCACUCAGAAAGGUGGAAUCUUCGUCUUGGAAGAAUAUAACCCCAAGACAAGACAGGUGAUACAGAGGAGGUACAAGUCUUCAAUGUCAGAUCAGAUUUGCUACUCGGUGCUGUGUGUUUUCUCGUAUGUCGCAGCAGGACAAGAACACAGGCAUUUGCAGCAAAGCCAAGGAGAUGGGGUGUCUCUUCCAUCACAACAACACUCGUCACACUCUCCGCAGCACCUUCAUUGAAGUUCUGAUUUCUAUUUUACCUUGGUUUCUUAUUGAUUCCAAAACUAUGCUUUAUUACAGUUUAAUAUUGGAAGCUUAAUAACACAAAUAAGAAGUUCAAGUUAUGUAUAAAUUUUGUAUGAAAUGUUCAGGUUAUGCAAAAUGAAAUGAAUGUUCAGUUUGAAAAAGUAGUUGUAACUAUUUAUUUAAAUUCUUAAAUUGCAUAAGUUUUGUUUUCUCAAUACCAUGUAACUUACAGCUAUGCAGUGUUACAUGAAUAUGAACUCUCUUGCAAAAAACAAUGUUUAUCAGUUAGUGCCCAUACAGCUUUUGAUGGCACAAGGGCUUCAUUAUCCAGAACAAAUGUGAAAUGCUAAUUCUCAUUUGACUUCAUUUGGUCUUUAGUUUUGGUCCACAUAGUUUACCCAUCAGCCUCUUACAAAUGUACUUGGAUAAUUUAUGGGUCCACUGCAUGUUAUGGGACAAAUAGUGUAUUUAAAAUAAAUACCAAGUGCAAGUAAUACAACACCAAAUAGAAUAUUAAUGAUAUGUUAUGUAGUCCCAAUAUAUUAUUUCUUUCUAAUGAACACAAAUUUGGUAUCUGUCUCUCUCUAUCUCUCUCUCUCUAUUUCUUAUUUUUUUUAGAAAAAUUGUGUUAUGCCUCAUGGAUCAGAUUCUUUUCCCUUGCACAUAACAAUUUAAGAAUCAUGUGUAGUAUUUUGCUACUUGCAAGAGACAUCAUGAUGUAAGAAUACAGUUAUGUAACACUGAAAUUACUGAAAUGUAAAACUGAUUCAUAAGUAAAUACAAAUAUGAGACAUUGUGUAGGUUGCACAUUUGAGUUGUUUGUUUGUGAACAAAGUUUUGGGAUUUGUGAUUAUUUAAAGACAGAAAAACUUCUUUUAUGUCAGUAAUAUGUGUGAGACAGUAUCUGUUAAAAUGGUGUGGGGAUAGCUGUGCUUGAAGCAAUCCAUAUAUGAAACAAUUACUAUGGCAUUUUUAUGAAGAUAUGACAAGGCAAUAAUAUAGUUGUGUUAUUGCAUAAAUGCAGGUGAAAUGUUAGAUUCUGUUGUAUAUGAAUAAACACAGGCUAUGAAAUUUUGUACGAGACAGUUUGCAUUGUUUUGUAAUUCACUGUGACUCAGAGUGAUAUUAAUUUUUGUAAAUACAAUGUUGCCAUUAACUAAAUUUUAAGAUUUGUGUAUCUGGUUGUCAUUGAACUGUACUGCAAUAUAUAGAUCUGUGUGAUGGAUAUUAUAGCCACAAUUUUCCUUCCCAGAAUUACAGUAUGUAUCACCAAUAAUUGUUGUGUCAUAUAAAGAUAGUUUUUCCAGAAUUUUUACAAUAAUUAUUAUAAAAAGCAAUAACUGCAGUUCGUUGUUGAGAUAAAAUAAUCAAAUGGUGAUCAUAGAUGUGUUUUAAAUUUUGAAGCUGUUUAAUGUUAAAUAAAAUAUAAAUGUGUGGAAAUGAGAAAUUGUUUACACAUUUGCCUGUUCUUUGUAAGCAAUUUUGAACACCAUGGUAGUGACCACUAGUGCUACAAUUAUAAUUUGCACUACAUUCUUUUCUUUAAAUGGAUGUUGUGUAACUCAAAAUGCCAUAGACAGUCUUUAAUACUGUUCAUAAAAUUCCUUUGUCUUGACAGGCAAAUGGGAAAAUGGCUCUGUUUCAUAAUUUUGUUUGUUGCACAACCCUUUCCACUAUAAAUGGAUUAUGGUUAUUGAACAAAAUAUAAGGUGCAGUAAUUCAAUGAAGACAGAAAUGAACUUCAGCUUACAGAGUUAUAGCAAACAUAAAAUGCUUAAAAAGUCAUAUUAACACUACCAAUGAGCAUUGGCAAAAGAGGUAAUGUAGCUGUAGAACGUGAGGAUAUUCAAGACUUAGGAAGUGAAGUCAAAACAAGCAUUCUGGGUCAAGAGAGAUACAGAAAACAGGAUGAUGACAAAAUCAGUGCAUGAUGCAUACCCCAUUUUACAAACUUAGUACAUGUUACUUUUUGUGCUUCCUCACAUCAUUUGUUGCCAUGUGGUACUAUGAAGGUUUUUCUUUUUUGUCUGAAAAAGUGUCAUUUUGUAAAUGCUUUCCUUAAAAGUGUAUGAUCUAAACAAAAAUAUUUUUCUUUAUAUCACUAAUUUAUUUUUCCCAGAUAUUCAUCUAAUUCUUGAAGCUUAAUGUGCAUUAUAUAUUGCAACAAAAAUCAUGCCAAUACAGCCAGAUGCUGUAGAAGCAAUGUUGUGAGGUACUUAAAUAACGUUAAACAGAAUUAUUGGGCUUUAGUCAUAUGGCUCUAAUCAUAUAGGCAGAUUUAACUGCAACUAUAAUUAACAGUGAGUCUCAAACUAUAAGAAUUGGUUGGAACCCGAGAAAAACAGAAUGCAGUAUCUCUCACAAAGUAAAAAUAUUUCUGGGAUCCACUAUUUGUGGAAAUAGUAAUUAUUGAUUUUUAUUGUCAUUUUCAAGUAGUAGGCAACUUUAUAUUUUUUAUUGCACACUUUUUAUACAUAAUACCAUACCAAUAAAUUAUGCCUUUUCUGAAAUCUUAUAAUUAUAUUUUUUCUUUUCUGAAAUGUCCUUAACUCACUAUAAAAAGCAAUAUGGGGUUAUGUUACCUGAUUUCUCAAAGAAAAUAGUUUGUAUCUCUACUGGAGUGCUGAUAAUGCUGCAGUAUUGCCUUAAAAAAUAUUGUGUUUUUGUAUCAUGAUUUGCUUCAAAUUUCAGUGGUCAGUUGUAGUAAUUGCAAGUAAUAAUUCUCUGCUGGAAACAUUUUCUUCACAUUAAACAACUGCAUUGACAGCAGAUGUAAAUGUUAUAGGUUCUUCUUAAUGCUGUUUACUGGAUGGCUCUUUCUCAAAUUGUGAAUGUGGUGAUGUAUUACAUAUGUGUUAUAUUUCUCCUGCAUCUGUCAGUUGAUUGAAACAAUAUUCUAAUUAUAUGACAGAAUGCCAAUUGAACAAUCAAUGUACGUCUCACAUUACCAUGGGUGUUCCAUCUGCUUCAUACGCAGAUUAAAAUAUUUAGCUCAUAUUUAGUUUGAACCACAUCUUAAACCACAGGUUUCUAAAGAAACCUUCAUUUACUGCAAGUAUUAUUUUCUGAAGCUGUUCAUCCUCACACAAACACAAUUUUUUCAAACACUAUUGAUAUUGUAAUAUGUGCCUGCAAUUGUUACAGAAAAUGUGUAUGUCCAUAAAGAAACUCAAGACAAUGUUAUAUUUAUAUUAAAUUUAGAGUUUUUGUAGAAAUGUGUGUGUUGGGAAACAUGUAAGAACCAUCGGUGGUACUGUAGUGUGUACUUGAGAAUGUGAGUAGUUUGAUUUGUAAAUAUGUAUAUAACAUAUUAGGAAAUAUUUUUUGUAGCUUUAAGACAGAUUGUAAUUUUCUACGUUUCUAGCACUGAUGCUUUAUUAUUUGUUAAAUCCAUUUGUACUUCAGUAAGGAGUUUCAUAUCAUUCCAGAUAACAUUCUGAAUGUACUGUAUGAGGUGCUUCCUCAUUUUUUUUUGUAAAUAAAAAUCAGUAUGAAAUGUUACAUACAUCUGAUGUACAUGGUGAUGUACUGCUUUGCAGUUAAGUAAUAUCUUCAAUGUUGUGCCUCCUGUUUAAAGUGCAAAAGUAGUGUGAGUGUAAAAUAGCAUUGCAUGUUUGAAUGACAUGAAUAAUGAACUACUUUCCGUUACUUGUUUUUGUCAGAAAUUAGAAUUUUAAUAUAUUGGUACUGGACUAAUUGUUUGUAUGUUUCUAUGCUGACAAAGUUCAGUCACAUUUUCUUUUUUGUUAGUAUUGUGAUUAGACUUCUGUAGCAUUAGUAGAAGCAUUGCUUUAUGUAAAAUAUUUCAGUGGCAUUACUUUAUCUGAAUUUCUGAUCUUCACCAAAUUUUGUGUGUUGUGGUAAACGAAGUUCUACACUCAUUGACUGCUGAUGAAUACUGAAAACUGAAUACUGAAUAUUUAGUUUUUGAAGAAAAAGUUCCUUGUGUACGAGAUAAUAAGAAUCAAAGAGAAAACAAGAGAUUGACAUGGUAGGGAAAUGUUACAUGUAAAUAUAUUGCACACAGAACUAUGGAUCAAUGAAAGUAUCUAAAACGAAGGAAAGAGAGUGUCUUGAGAAGAAUAUUUUGUUUUCAGAAAUAUAAUGCUGGUUGUUUGAUAAAAAAAAAUUUCUUUAAAUUUCAGCUGUAUUCAAUGAGUGUGAACUUAUCCACCAUGUUACAUUAAUUAUCUUACAACUUAUUUUCCCACCUCAAAUUUUAAGCUUCUAGGUAAACUUUGACUGUUAUAAUGAGGACUUAAAAAAUGUUACACCUUAUGUAUGUAAAAUGUAACAGAGGACGUGUUAAGUAACUGUAUUGACAGAUCCAAUAAUACUAUUGUAAGACAGUAUACAAGAACAUGGCCUGUGAUGCUUAAUGUCAUAAUACUGGAAAUUCCUCCAGAAAAUUUAUUUAGUUUUCCUUAUGAGAUAACAAUUUAUACAAGGUUUGUAAGAAAUCUUUGAAACCAUAGCAUGCAUUUGUGAGUCAUUCAAAAUCAUGUUGUGUACAUUUUAGUUACAUAUUUGUGCAGCAACCAGAAUAAGAAUUUGGCUAAAAUUUCCAAUGUUAUGGAUUUUACUCAUUUCCAAGGAGAGCCAUAAAAUAUAUUAUGUAUUCCAGUAUUACAUUUAAUCUUGGCGUAAAGCCUGAAGAAACACAUGUUAUCUUAUUUAGAAUCAAAUUACCAUGUAUUAAUUGUUUGACUCCCCAUUUUAGAAUUAUGCUAUUUUUCGAAAAUAAAAGGCAUGUUUUCCAACA